CCAGCCUUCACAAAACUGAGCUUAGACAGGAAAACGAGUUGAAUUUGCAAUCAAGGCAACGUGAACAAUUUCCACUGUGGUUUAAGAAUCAUGUAAGUAUGUGCAAUCAGAGUAAUCAUCUCCUUUCAUUUUGAAUUUGUAUUGAAGUCACUUAGCUCGGCAUUUACUCCAUCAUUACCAUGUGCUAUUACUUGUAGAUUCAAAGAUUAUAUUUUCGUGAGCCACCCGAAGUGACAACGCCUAUGUAUGCUUUGGCAUGUGGCCCUCAUAUCGGUGUGAAGAAGUACGCCGGAUGUAUAGUGAAUGGAGUAAGAUUCCAUACAAAAGAUCGAAAUGCUCAUACUAGAACUCAAACUUGCGGAGUCAUGGUUGAAGGAUACCAUGUGAAUAAGUUGAUUGACUUUUAUGGGGUUAUUGAUGAGAUUCUUGUUGUUGAGUAUGUUAAGGACAAGAAGGUGGUAUUAUUCAAGUGUGAGUGGUUCAAAUUGGAUGGCAGGAAGAAGGGUAUUCAAACAGAUGGCCAUGUCACUAGCAUCAAUGUUGGUAGUCUUUGGUAUGAGAAUGACUCCUUCAUUCUGGCUGACCAAGCAAAGCAAGUAUUUUACCUCAAAGAUACCAAGUUGGGUAAGGAUUGGAAAGUAGUACGGAAGUGUCGACAUAGACAUAUUUUUGAUGUCCCCAUAGCACCUUCUGAAGUGGUCGAUUCUGAAGAAGUACAAGACAAUGUCGACAUUGCAUUUCAAGAAGAAGUUUCGAAUGUAGAUGCAAGUCUUGUCAUUGAGGAGCAACACUUGAUAGGUUUGAGUAGAUCUAAUUUAGAUGCUGAAAUAGUGGAUGCUACUCAAGUUCGUAUUGUUGAGAGUGACCAUGCUGUUGAGGAUGAUGAGAUCUUUGUUGAUGAUUGUGAAGAAGUAGAUGAUACCUUAGAAGAUUACUUAAGUGAUGUUGAAGUUGCCCAGUGCGUGGAAGUUGAGUCGGAUGAAGAUGCUGAUGUUGAAGUUUAAUGCUCUUCCUGUUGCAGUGUUGCUACUCAAGUUCGUAUUGUUGAGAGUGACCACUUUAUUUGAUAGAUUGUCAUAUUUCCAAAAAAAAAAAGAUAAAAGGUAUUAAACGAUAAGGGGAAGACGAUAAGUCAUAUUUCCAAACCAAUUUGAUAGAUUGUCAUAUUUCCAAAAAAAAAAAAAGAUAAAAGGUAUUAAACGAUAAGGGGAAGACGAUAAGUCAUAUUUCCAAACCAUAUUUCCAUCGUCCAAAUCCCUAGUCGCCGCCAUUCAAUCUUCCAAACUCCUUCGCCCUCGAUUCACCGCCGCUCACACCUUCGCCGGCGAGUUCGCGUCCGCCUCCGCUCACUCCUUCGAGGUCGCCGUCGACUUGCUCACUCCUUCGCCGCGAGAUCGCCGCCAACGCCGCCGCUCACUCCUUCGCCUUUGAGAUCGCCUUCGACUCACUCAAUCCUUCGCCUGCGAGAUCGCCGCCGCCGCUCAUCCUUCGUCCGCGAUAUUGCCGCCGCCGCCGCCGCUCACUCUCCUUCGUGCUCGGGAUCGCCUUCGACUCUUCCAUGGGAACCACAAUGCUUCAAGAAUCAAUGAAUUCGUUGAAUUGCGGUCGACGGCGAAUCGAUCGGUGAGAACGUCUUGCUGCAGCAAAAUCGAAUAGCAGUAUCGCCUCCAUCUCCUGAUGAAAAAGGUACGCAGAGGUCAAUCUCUGAGAUUUGAAUUGGUUUCAAAUGUUUAGCUCAGUAGAAUCUGUUGGAUUUGAAUUGGUUUCUAUAGCGUGAUUAUUCGCCUCAUUUGCUUCGGCGUUGGCAUGUGUUCGGAGAAGGUCGAUCAUCAUGUGGAAGCAUACCUGCCAUGUGUUCGAUUUAUCGAAAUAGCUUACAUACUAUCAUAUAAUGCAUACAGAACACAAGAACAUAAAUGUAUCGAAAUAGCUCACUAUGCUUAUUUUGGUCAAUAACAGAGUUGGGAAAUCUGUCUGGUCUCAAGAAGUUGGAGGAGCUUGAUAUUUUGGGCUGCACGAAACUGGUCGAUGUCGAUGGACUUGAUGAGCUGACGGAGUUAAAGGACCUGAAAUGGAGAGAAGGAUGAGAGUGAAGUGGUGGGUCAAAUCAGCUGCUAGAUAUGCCAUGGGACUCUGCUUUUUCUAGAUACUGGUGUGGAGAUGUGUCAAUCACUUUAAGUAGUUAUAUAUCUUACAGUAGGUACUUCGUUUGUUUUCAGCUCAGUCUCAUGUUAUGUCUUGUUGUCUUUGCUUUUAAUGGCUUGUGUUGUGAUUGACUCGUUUAUUUUAUGCUUGUUAGAUAACUGGAGUGAGAAGGCUAUCCGCAGAAAGACUACUGGAACUGUUCCUUUUACCACUGAAAGUGAGAAGGCUUCCACUUUAGCAUGUUGCAUGCUGCUCAUCACAUUAAACCUGUUCCUGCCACUGAAUCCCAGGUACAAAUUACCAUUGAGCUGCAUCUUUUAUUCCCCCUCCCCCUCCUUUUACCAUUAUCCUUUUACCACUGAAUCUCAGGUUUUCAUGAAAGUCACUCACAUAUCCUAUGCAAAUACUGCCUUAGCUAAUACUGUGAAUGGACUAUUGGACUGAUCUGUAUGCAGGCAAUACAAUGGUUGGGUGGUAAUGAUACUUGGCUUUGGGAACUCACAAGUCUAAAGCUGAAACAAAAGGCUGAUAAAAGUAUAAAGUUAUACUUGCUUUGGUAAUCAUACUGUUUUGAUUUGUUGUUGAGAACCAAGGAUCUUGUUUUGUUCACUGAGUUUGUACUAUAUAUGGUGCAGGUAUUUCGAACAAGGGGCAGAAGAAAGGAGCUGGGUGAUCUCUCAAGCCAAAGUGAUUUCUUUGGCAGAUUAUAGUUUCUCAUAUUUUUGUAUUUUUUUCAAUGAAUUAGAACUGCUAUGAACUUAUGUAAGUUGGUAUUUGGUUGGAAAUAUAAUGUGACCAUUAUACCAUUAUUGUCCUAAAUUGGUUGCAUUACGUUAUGCUAAUAUAACCAAAUUUAUAGCCUUUCUCAACUAAUAUAUAUAUAUAACCAAAUUAGCAGUCAUAUUUAUAACAUUUUAUAACCAAAAAAAUGGUUACAUUUAGAACGUAUGGUUACCAUAAAACAUUGGUUGGAAAUAAUAUUUGUGACCAAUGAAAAUAGUUAUUGUUG